AUUGGAUAACCCUUUAUAUCUAUUUUACAGACAGAAAGACCAUCGGAAAUAAGUGACAUGCUUUUUCGUGAUUCCGUUUUCAGGUCCCUGUCGGUGGAAAGAUGUUUUUCCUGCGGCAAACGGGGAAAGGCAGUCUCCGAUCAACAUUGUGGAUAGAUGUGCCAUUUCUGUACCAGCUGAAACAGUGUGUCCUUUGAAUUUUUCGCCAGAGUUUCACUGUAUGCCUUCUGAAAUGAAACUGCAUAAUGAUGGAAACAGUCUUGUUCUUUGUGCCCAAUGGGCUUGUCAGAAACGCCCCCACCUGAGCGGGGGCCCCUUGGAGGGCAAUUACCGGUUCGUCAACCUGCGUUUCCGAUGGGGUCCCAACGACUACGAGGGGUCCGAACACAUGCUAAACUGCACCAGGUACGCCAUGGAGGUGCAGGCGGCCUUCGUGAAGACCUCUAUGAAGAGAGAUGACGUCUUGGAAGCGGCUCGGUGUGGCUGGUUAGUCAUGCUCAGUUAUGUCUUCAUGGUGACCCCGAUAGAGAACCCGUAUUUAGAGCCCAUAAUCAAAGCCGUGCACUGCCUGAAAUGUCCAUUUAGCUACGUCAGCGUACAACCCGUCAUUCUAUCUCUGCUCAUGCCAGAAUUCUAUCGCGAUUACUACUCGUACAUCGGCUCGCUGUCCUAUCCUCCCUGCACGGAAGGUGUCCGGUGGAUUGUUAAGCCGGAGCCGUUGAUGAUAUCUUCCGGGCAGCUGGACAAGUUCCGCAAGUUGCAUGGAGUUUCCGGGGUUAUGGACAACAACACCAGGCCUGUACAGAUGGUGAAUAACAGAGAUGUCACGUAUUACGAUUGACAAAGUUAUUCAAUAAAUAGAUACGU